UAUUGUUAUAUUGUGUGCAUAAAUGCCCAUACAUUACCACACACCCGUCCCGGUGGCACCCCGGGUUCGAUGGAGGUGACGUUCGAGACGACGCAGGGUCGCCGGUUCACCGUCGAGAUUUGGUAUUUCUCCACCGUGAGGACGAUCAAGGAGCUCAUCCUGAAGCAGGAGGACAUCCCCGUGGAGUCGCAGAGGCUCUUCUUCCAGGGGAAAGAGCUCCAUGACGACCACGACACGGAGCACUACUCCAUUCUCGAGGGCUCCCACGUCCUCAUCGUCCUGCCAGACGACGCUCCCGCCGCCGCCGCCGCCGCCGUCGUCCACAUCGUCGCAUCUGCGCCAUCGCUCGGCCGCAGCGUCGCCCUCGACCUGGAUGCAUCCUGCAUCGUCGCCCGGCUCAAGGAGGCGCUCCAGGAGCGCACGGACGGCGCGCUGCCCGCCGCCAGGCUGAGCGUGUUCUACGGCAAGGCGGAGAUGGAGGACGACAAGGCAUUAGCGGAGUUCGAACCGCCGGCCCAAGGGAUGGAGGUGCGCGUCGUCGUGCGCCAGCCGCCGUCGCCGCCGGUGUGCAGUAACGGGGGCGCCAAGACUAACAGUAGUAAGCAGCAGCAGCGGAUGUCGGUGGAGGUGAAGUGGGGCGCCACGACGGCGACGCUGGAGGUGAGCGAUAUGGACGCCGUCAAGGAGCUGCGGGCGAAGCUCGGCAGCGCGACGCCGCGCCUCCUCCUGCCCAACGACGGCGGGUACUUCUUCAUCUACAAGCAGAACGUCAUGGAGGAGGACCGCACGCUGCGCUGGCACGACGUGAAGAGCGGAGACACCAUCGAGAUCUUCAACGGCAGGGUCACCUGAGGCGUUUGAUCGGCAGAUGCAUAACUCCUCAUUGCUUGGUGCCAUCAGGUUUAAUAUGUCUGCAUUCAGUCGUAGCCCGACAUUUUGCUCUGUACUUUGCAUGGUGUAGCCUACAUAAUAUUUAGAAAAAAAAAUCCGUGUAUGUUGGUGCAAUUUUUAAGUUAAGAAAAA